AUGAAGUACGCCAUCAUCUUCGCAAGCUUUGCCGCUGUGGCCUUUGCCUUGCCUCAGGGUGGCCCUAACACCGGCCAGAAGCUCCCUUGGACGGCGGGUAGCAAUUUUCGUGCUGACUGCGGCUGGUGGGGUUGGGACGAAAAGGGGUGCGGCACCGAGAAGUACUGCGAUGCUAUUGAUGAACAAGCCCCCAACUUGUCGGAUUUUGACAACGGCAAGCCUCGUUACAAGAGCACCAAGGAGUGUUUUGAUGCCCAUGACCCUGCGCCUUGGACGGAGGGUAGCAAUUUUAGUGCUGACUGCGGCUGGUGGGGUUGGGACGAAAAGGGGUGCGGCACCAAGAAGUACUGCGAUGCUAUUGAUGAACAAGCCCCCAACUUGUCGGGUUUUGACAACGGCAAGCCUCGCUACAAGAGCACCAAGGAGUGCUUUGAUGCCCAUCAGCCUGAUCCCAGCCUCCGUGACAGGACCCGCAAAUAA